AUGCAGUCAACACUCAUUGGCAAUUCUGGUCGUGAGUACAAACAAGUCCAAGUACUGCAUUCCCGUCCCGAAAAGUCCGAGCUGGAUAUUUACCUCGCAACCUCGGACAACCAAUUCUUCGUCCUGAAACCGGUCUCGCCGUCCGUCUUUGAUCACUUACUCGAGUUCAACAAAGAGUUUGGCGAUAACUCUCACCUGCGAACUCACGUCGACUACAACAACAAGGAGAAUGUGGUUGUAUACGAGGGUUUCACGACCGAUGUGCUUUCGUUGGUGAAGAAUUAUCCACCUCUCCCACUCGAGGCACGAAAGACGAUUCUUAGGGAGGUCGGGCGUGGCCUAAAGGACAUGCAUGCAAGGAACUGGAUACACCUUGAUGUGAAGCCAGAUAAUGUCUUUGUCAAUUGGCACAUAGACAAACAGGGGCAAUUCCACCUUGAAAAGGUAGCAUUAGGUGAUUUGGAUGUCGCUUUGAAGCUAGAAGACGACAAGCUCUUUAAUCACAGGAUAGGAAACGUCAUGUGGCGCAGCCCAGAAGGCCAACUGGGAAAGGGUGUGGGCAAGCAUUCCGAGGUGUUUUCAUUUGGACUCCUUUGCUUCUAUGUCAUCACGGGCGUGGAAUGGCUCCACGCCGACUUUGCCACGCUAGAGGUUGAACCGGAGUCGGUGAUUCUAUUCAAGUUACUUUCGGCCUUUGGGCCUCUACCAGACGCGCUCGUGAAACACGUCAACGAUGCCGAAUCGGGGGAGCUCUUGAGAGCCCUGUGGCAAGCGAUAUCAAAGGACGAGACCAACGAAACGUUCGAUAGCUGGUCGUCAGACACAUUUCCCAACCUCGACAGCGAGGUAAAGAGGCUGAUAUUGAGGAUGACGAACCUCGAUCCUGAGAAAAGGGCAUCGAUGUCGGACAUCAUGGCCGAUACCUACUGGAACUUGAAGGACAUUGACUGA